AUUCUCCAGCGGGUUGCUAUGGUAACCGGUGAACUAUGGAGGAGGACAACGCUGCAGUGGCUCUCGACAAUAUUGUGACAGAAUUUCACACAUACGAAGAUUUCCUCGACUCUCAAAUUACGUCGUUGGACUUGUAUUAUCUCGAGGAUGAGGAGUUGGCUCGCCAGCUGGUGGAGCUGGGCUACAGGGGCAGCGGAGAGGUCCUGAAGAGGGAGGAAUUUGAGACCAGGAAAGCAGCUGCAGAAGCCUCCAGGCUCUCCAAGAGGAGCCAGCAGAAGACCCUGGCGAGUGUGGGAAAAGAGCUGAAAGAUAACUUCCUGAAAGCGCUGGCGGAGCGAGAGGAGGCCAACCGUAGUGGGAAAAUGACUUCUAUUAUUUUCAUAAGGGACCGUAACGCUCUUGGACAGGAGAUCUCUGGCUAUAUCGACUAUUCCCACAGACUGAAGACAGAGGACUUUCAUCCAUACUUCAAUGGUAAGAAGAGGCUGCUGCCAAGAGCUACUGAUUUAAGCUUCUACAACUGGGAGACCCAGGUGUCCACGUCCAAUGUCAGCGCUAACUACCAGGUGAUCGCUGAGAACUCCAGUGGUCUGCUGUUUAAGAACAAGACAGACAGAAAGAUUCUCAACGUGGACCCUAAGGCCUCACCUGGAGACAACUCGUCCAGGACGCCCCUCCAGUCUGAACUCUACAGCCAAGUCGUCAUCUAUGACCACAUCACCAGGAGGACCUAGCCAAUCACCUCUCACUGUUUCCUCCCACCACAUCACCAGGAGGACUUAGCCAAUCACCUCUCACUGUCUCCUCCCUGCUACCACCACCUCACACUGCUAGUAAACACAUACUGGAAGUCACUGGAAGCCUCUAGUGUGAUGUAAUAAAGGUUGUCCCCCCAUCAA